GUGAUCGCGACGACAUCUCGGCGUCUGCCUGCUUCAUUGUGUUCAUCAUGGCUUCGAUGGAAUCUCUGGUAUGCGAUACUCUCGACCUGAGCGGGCAGGGUCUCAAGAAGCUCAGCCGAUGUCCCUCAGAUGCAGAUAUUAGUACGUUAAUCAUAGACGACAAUGAUAUACAACGGCUUGAUAAUCUGGAUUCUUAUCACAGAAUUACCAAGCUUUCUAUAGUCAGAAACCAAUUAUUACGUAUGUAUGGUGUGUCAAAGUUGCAUAAUCUUGUUACUCUCAAUUUGGCGAACAAUGGUAUACUCACAAUAGAAGGUAUCAAGGACAUGAUCAAUUUGCAGACUCUUUGUUUAGCGGGUAAUAAUAUCAAGUCUAUUGAACAUCUGCACACAAAUAUCAAAUUGGAACAUCUGGAUUUGUCUGAAAACAGCAUCAGUCAUAUUUCAGACAUAUCUUACCUGCGAAGUUUAAAGGAACUUUUUUUACAUAACAAUCGCAUAAUAACAUUGCGUCAAUGCGAGCGCUACUUGCCCACAUCCCUAGAAACAUUUACAUUGGCAAAUAACAAUAUUACUGAUCUGAAUGAAAUGUCACAUUUGGCUAAUCUUAAAAAUCUAGUCAAUUUCUCUAUUGCUAACAAUCCAUGUGUCAGUAUGACAGGUAACAGUAUUGGAUUUGACUAUCGGCCUUUUGUUAUUAAUUGGUGUAUGAGUUUAAAAUCCAUUGAUGGUUAUGCAGUUGAUCCUAUUGAAAGCUUGAAAGCAGAGUGGCUGUAUUCUCAGGGACGCGGUAGACAAUUCCGCGUUGGUGAACACGCCUUACUUGCUCAAUAUCUAGCAUCUGUCUGUCCGCUUUCGGGCGAAUCCUUAGAGAACGAGACGGACAGAAAACUUAGGCUCAUACUGAGUAAAGCUCAACAUCACCAACAGCAAUUGAAUCAACAGAGCGAUGCCGGAAGCGUGCACAGCUUAAGUAGCGUGACAAUGAGUCCUUCUCCAGCCGCUAGACGUAGACUUAGUCAUAACAAGACAAACUCUCCCAGACGACCUACUUCCUCGAGGAACUCUCUGAAAAUGAAAUCGCCAGAUCGAAUGGUAUCCAGUUGUCAUACCGAUGCUAUGGUUUCUUCGUGUCACGGUUUAUUGAGUGGGGAUCAUGAUUCGACUCUGAUGACGCAGAGCUUAGAUCCCAAUAUGCUUUCUGGUACAUUCAAUAAUAAAAUAUCAAAUAAUAGUUUGCAAGAUAUGGAAGAAACAUCAAGCCCUUUGCAAGCAGCUACGAAACUUGUACCAGUACCAGAAUCUUUGAUGAGUCCAGAUUUUCGUCCGCCAUCGGGUCUUUCACGGAUUUUAAAGACUCCCACGCCAAGUAAAUUAACGUCUCCUUGUCAAAUAACAAUACCUAGCAAACCAUCUAUGGAUGGCGAUGGAAAGGCAAUUCCAAUCAUAAACACUGUCAAUCCUAUGGCUAAAACGAGUCUAAGCGCUAUAAAAGCGAAUGCACUGAUGAAGAGCAAUUCAGCAACAAAUUGCAGCUUCGUGAAACCGAGCAUAGCGAAGCCGGUCGUGACGUAUGCUAACAAUAAAUGUCCACAUAGUGUAAAGAUUAAUAAUUACGUUCAGAGCAAGACAUUACCUGCAAAGAGAAGCACAAGAAGUCCCAAUCUAGCUAGAAGUAUACAGCGACCGAAAAGCGCGAAUGAAAGACUCAAAAGUAACUUGAACAAAGAAGAUAAGAACGGCGAUGCUGAUAACGGAAUUCAAAGUAGCGAUGAGGAUAGUGAAGUAUGUCAAGCGAAAUUAGAUAGCAUUCGGCAUAGAGCUAUUCAACGAAGACAAGAAGACAGUAACAAAGAUCAAGAUCAAACAGAAAAGGCUGCUAUCUGUAUUCAAAGAAUGUGGCGAGGCUAUCAUACAAGGAAUCUUAAUAGAAAAGCUACUAAUAUAUUAAAAACAAUCGACAUGAUGAGAACAAAUAAAUACAUUCAGAAAUUAUCAACUGACAUGGAAGCUACAAGAACCGCUCUUGAAAGCGAGCAUAAAUUACAAUUAUUACAAAUGCAAGCGAUUAAUGCAUUAUGGAAGAAAGUAGUCAGUCUGCAACCAGGUAAUAAUCGAGAGAACACUUUCAAUGAAUCGGACAAUAAUCUGCAAUCAAAUGCAGAUGUAGUUAGUAAUCUUGCUCAAACCUGCAAUCUACUUCACACACAAGUCCAGCAACUACAGGAUUCGAUGUCUGAGAUAAAGCGUUGCAUGUCUAGUAUGAAACCAAGACCUUCUCUCGUUGAUAACGGUGUCGCUACUCAAACGGAAAUAUCUGCUGUGCACACACCGGCAGGCGAAGAAAACACAUUCCCGUAUGGACGUCCGCAAGUUAAUAGACCGCAAAGUCUACCGAUACAUCAAACGAUACAUGAGGGGAAUGAAAAUAAGAGUUUCGCGUCUAACUUGGUGGAUAGCGUACUGAAGAAAGUAUCACAAUCAACUGAUACGACAGAUGAUGAAGUUAAUACGGAUAUCUUGAAUUCAAAUGAGAAUCCAGAGGUGCCACACUUGAAUGAUAAUCCCGAAAUGUUUAAGAGUUGCGAAGAGAUAAUAGAAUCCGAUUUUAAGGAGGCAGUUGAGAAUGAGGUUGCGACAAACGAUUACGAAAAUAUAAUCGAGAAUGCAACGAUAGAUGGUGAAGUAUGUGAAGAAACAUUAUGCAAGGAACUGCACAACUUGAUCGAAACGGAAAAUGGAGCAGAGGUUUCUGAAAAUUGCGACAAAGAAACUGCGAUUAAUGAAGAUGAAAAGGAAACCUCGUAGAUUUGGAUAAGACGAAUCGUAUUCGCACCAUAUGCCUUGUGAGUAGCGCAAUCACGGUAAGACAGUGUGUACGAAGUAAAAGAAAAAGGAAAAUGAAUGUCGAAAUAUAAUGCUCACUGUAAAUAGUAAUCGUAACAAUAUUAUAAAACGAAAUUUAUAAUUUUAAUCGUAAAAACCAUUUUGUUACAAGAGGAAAUACAAGAGGGAAUUUUAUCAUGAUGAACAACAAGCUGCCAUUCUGGUCAAAUAAUUCUCUCGUGCUUAAGUAAAAAAGGUUGAUGAAAACACAGUGCGUAUAAACAAUAUCGAUAAAAUUUAUUUGGAUAUAAUUGUGAGACUUUUAAGUCGAAACUUAAGUACAACUUCUGUUAUACAUUACUUCCAUAUUAUUUUAUCAUCGUAAAAAGUUUCAGAAAUUUUCCGUCCAAAUAUCCAACUAUUAAUAUGAUAGUACAUAUAUUUGUAAAACAUAGAAUUAUUUUAUCGCACUGGUCAUUGAGAAUUGUUUCUGAAAGCAUUAAUUUUGUUUAUAUUGCUCUCUAUCUCCUCGAAAUAAUUUCAUAAUAUAUUCUAGGAAAUCACAGCUUGCAUUUCAAUAGAUACUGGUAUUUCUAAAUUAAAAAUAUCUGUAAA